AUGGAGUUGGUUGGAAUAGCUCGCAAAGAGGUGGUUGGAACCAACAUUGGGACCCACAUAUCUGGAGACGAGAACGACAAAUCUGUGUUCCAGCGCGCGACUGAGCAAAUGAUGAAGGACUCGAGCUCGUGCCGAGUUAGAUUCUGUGUCUGUGCGCGAGUUACAGAUGAACAGGACAGCGAUAGCAGCGAGGACGACGACAAGCAUCAUAAAACGAGCUCAACUGCAGUCAAAAAAUCUGAUGUGACGGACACUAAGUUGUCAAAGUCCUGUGGUAAGUGUCACAAGUGUGGCACUGCAUCCGCUUCUGUUGGCGACAAGUUCGCAGACACAUCGAUAAACUCGGUUGAGUCGCACGAGUCUGCAGAUUUCGAUACCACUGUUAUUCGCCAUUCGAUCGACAAUCUUUCUCUUUCAUCUUCAACUCAUUCGACAUUUUCUGAGCCAUGCCUAAAUGAACUGUGUGUUGAGCUGGAGGGCCAGGGUGUGGUGAUGAAGGGACGUGGCUCAGAUCCGGCAUAUACCAUGUGGAUUCUCAAGCCAUACCGACAAAUGGAACCAUUAAGCAUUGACAUUCCUCUGUCUUUGUUCGAGACGCUAGGCUUUGGAGCUGACGUGUUUGUGCAGUACUUGGAGACCCUCCAGCAGGAUGGCGUCACUGAGUUCAGCAACUUACCGCCACCACCCAUGGCCAUGUGUCGAAUAUGUGAGCGGCAGGUGCCCACGUGGGCGUUUGAAAGUCAUUCACAGCUUUGUUUGAUUGAACACAAGGCCGAGUCGCAUCUGCAACAGACGCACGAAAACCUGUCGGAUCAUCGCGAGGCAGUGGCAGCUUUGCUGUACUACUCGCAUGGCACCCCCUCAAACUCGAAUUCGAACUCCAACUCCAAUUCAUCUUCCUCUGUAGCAUCUCCAGCCGUAUCUGGAGCCUCAUCACCAUCGCCGCCUCCUCCGGCACUCUAUCGAGGUCUUCCGAUUGCUCUGACUCCAGGAGAAGAGCACAUUCCCGCCAUAUCUGGUGGCUCUGCAUCGUCCUCUCCUCCCCGAAGUCCACGGCAAACGGCAGCAUCGCUGGUUUUGACGAAAAAACGCAUAUUUCAAAAACCUGCGCCGAAAACGCCGACACGACAGAUUCAACUGUUGCUCGAGCUCUGCGACACUGCUCUCGACAUCAAUGGGCCCGAGUCUGCUGUACACAGUCCCAACUCUGCGGCCAAGAUCCAUACUGUGCAAGAAUGGCCCAGUGCAAGCUUCCGCAAAAAUGUGGUGGACCCAGGUCUUAAGCUGCUAUACGAGGACACCGAACGACUAUGUCAGGAGAAGGUCGAGGCAACCAUGCGUCUUGCCAACAUUGUUACCUACUUUGGAAAAAUUAAGGAGGAAGUGGAUACAGCGGUGCACCAGGUUCUUGAGGAGACGCUGUACCAGUUGCGGUUACAACAGGACGCUAAUGAUGGAGUGGAGGCACCUGCGGAGGGACCGAAGAACGAGGUGGCUGUAAAUGAAUCUGCCAUUGCAUCUUCUUCGGAUCUCGCUGUGGGUGAUGUGGGCAUUUCAACACCGGCCAACAGCGUCGCUGGCACGGAAUCCGAAAGUGGUGGGCCAAUUCCCGCUAUGGCCACUGACAGCAAAGGAGAUGUGCCAGUUCCUGAGCAUAAUGCCUCUUCAUCGUCGUUAUUCUCUUCCCACUAUCUAGGAACAGAUAGUCUACCCCAUCUGCCUGCCCCCACAUUCUCUCAGAGCCCCCAGGGCAGUCCCAAUCUGUCCGAUUCGUUCGAUGGCAUGCCUCCACCACCUCUACCAUCUUCUUCAUCACAAUCGGAGAAGAACGUGACAGUUCAGAUUGGAACCCCAGCACCCAAGACCCCAUCUACGCCUCACGUGCCUGCCUUGUCCCUCUCUUCUUCGCAUUCGGAUCUUCGCAGCGGUGCUUCUUUGUCGUCAGACAACAUUCUUGGAGUCAGCCCUACUAAGAAGGCUACUACCAUGACUCCCAAGUCGUUCUUGGCCGACGAUCUAAACGCAAACAAGCCUCCUACACCGUCACCUCAUAUAUCUCGUCGCCCGUCUCACAUUUCGCGGCAGAACAUCAACAGGCCCCUCACGACUCUCAAUACUAACCUGCCUGAGUUCUCUAUGUCGGAUCUGUCUCUUUCCGAUGGGGAGAACCGGCCUCGAGCAACAUCCUCUGCUGGCGGUCGUAGCAGCAACCUUGGUUCUCCGAUGGCUGCACCUAUCAGUGGUGGCGGCAACGGCCCACAGAGAUCGCGGGUCCAUUCGAUCAACGUCGAGUGGACUCCUCUAUCGUCGCCGUUACUGUUCCCCUAUGAGCCUCAGAUGGACGAUGGCAUUGCCCCCACACCCUCUGUUCCAGUAAAGCCGACGCAGCCGUCUAUCAAGGAUUACGAGAUCAUUAAGCCUAUUUCCAAGGGUGCAUUUGGGUCUGUCUAUCUAUCGAAAAAGAAGGCUACUGGCGAGUACUUUGCCAUCAAGACAUUGAAGAAGGCUGAUAUGAUUGCAAAGAACCAAGUCAUGAACGUCAAGGCCGAGCGAGCAAUUCUCAUGGCUCAGCAAGACUCUCCGUUUGUGGCAAAACUCUUCUUCACCUUCCAGAACCGAGAUUAUCUGUUUCUGGUUAUGGAAUACCUCUCUGGAGGAGACUGCGCUGCGCUGAUCAAGAUGCUGGGUGGUCUUCCUUCAGAUUGGAUCACAAAGUACAUGGCUGAAGUUGUUGCUGGCGUUGAGGAUCUCCAUGGACGAGGAAUCGUGCAUCGAGAUCUCAAGCCCGACAACCUUUUGCUUGAUAGUGAGGGUCAUAUCAAGCUAACGGAUUUCGGUCUCUCUCGAAUGGGUUAUGUGGGCAGAUACACUAAGCCAGGAGCACCAAGUGGCACCGAAAGUGGCAGCACAACGGAGUCAGGGGCUCGUGGAAGUGUAUCUUCCAACGACUCCCGUCGAUCAUCCAACUUCGACACCAUUGACAUGGAGCACUCAUACUCUCUAGUACCCGGCUAUUUUGAUGUGGGCGACAGCGAGGAUGAACGAAGUCGAAGUGUGGGCAGUGGUAGUAUAAGGGACUUCCGAGAACGGUCCACUUCACGAGGAGCACCUCUUGCAAUCGGACCCACCAGCCUCAGUCAUCCACAUCCUCCAGUCCGACAGGACUCGUUGCCUCUGUCAAACAUGCCACUGCAUGACUCCAACCGGAAGUUCGUGGGAACGCCUGAUUAUCUUGCACCUGAGACAAUUGAUGGUGUCGGACAAGAUGAAACUUCAGACUGGUGGUCUGUAGGGUGCAUCAUGUUCGAGUUCAUUUACGGCUACCCUCCUUUCCAUGCAUCUACACCCGAACUAGUGUUUGACAACAUCCUCAACCGGCGAAUUCAAUGGCCAGAUGAAGGCGAAGAUGAUCUCAACAUUGACGACAACACCCGUGAUCUGUUAGUCAAACUGUUGGAGCCGACUCCCUCUCGUCGUCUGGGUUACAAUGGUGCGGAGGAGAUCAAGAAGCACCCUUUCUUCCACCACGUGACUGACUGGAAUGCUGUGUACCAGGAGGAAGCCAGCUUUGUUCCCAUGGCCCAGUCGCCUGAGAACACCGACUACUUCGACAGUCGAGGUGCUCAGAUGGAGGAGCUCAGUGUGGACGAAAAUCUCGACGAAAGUGUCGACAGCGAAGACACUGACCGUGAUAGUGUCUCCAGUCCAUCGGAAUUCCCCAAAAUCAUAUCCUCAGCAAGGUCGGACUCCUCUUCACCCAGCCAGGUCACAUCUUCCUCUGGUGUGCGCCGGGUGUCAUCUACUGGUUCAGGUGGCCAAGGAGGAGGUGGAGGAGGAAGCGCAAAUUCUAACUCAGCAUCCAAUUCCACCCGGAAAGUGCCUCUCCACAUCCCUCCUCAUGUUCGAGAACGAAGGUCUCGUCGUCUGUCCGAAACCUCGGACGACUUUGGUAAUUUCUCGUUCAAGAACCUGCCUGUUCUCGACAAGGCCAACAAAGAUAUCAUCAAUCGACUGAAGGCCGAGACUCUACCCAUCCCUGUGCCUCGCAAGGAGUCUGCCACUUCUGCCACUGGCUCUUCGGAGGACGGGUCUCCCAGCACUGGCCUAGGGCUGUCCAGUUCGCCUGCCACCAGUGCCACAACUUCGGGAUCGUCACAGUUUCUCAACAAGCUGUCAGCAUCUGGACUCAGUCCUAGCCCCCGUGGCUUAGGACUCCAACGACGGUUGUCUACCCUUUCCGACAGCCCCGAGUCGCCUAUUCUGGCUCCUCCCAAGAUGCGUCGACAACCGUCAGCGACAUCCGCUGCCUCUGCAGUCUCGGAGUCUUCUCCCUAUAAUUCAGAUGAUGACAGGGAGAGGGCUCGGCUGAGGGUCCAGAAACGACGCCAGAUGAGUCGGCGUUUCUCGUCGAUCAGUCUCACCGAGUCCCCCAGCUUCAGACCUCUCUACGUUCUUGUGUGUGAUCCCAACCCCGUGUGGAGAUACUCCAUAUCCCACAUUCUCAAGGAGCUCAACUGUCACAUUGCCACUGUGAAAACAGGCUCUGAGGCGAUUCGGAGGGGCACUUCGGAUACUCGAUUCGACUGUAUUCUGACUGAAUACAACCUUCCCAAGGUCAAUGGAGAAGAUGUGGCCAAGCUGAUCCAUUCCACUAACAAUGCCAACACAUCAACCCCAAUUGUCGCAGUGACCUCAUACCUGAAGGCUGCCUCAGAGACCGCUCUAUUCUCUGCCGUGAUUGAGAAGCCCGUUCGGCGGGAUGUGCUGAGUGAGACGUUGCAGCGAUUCUGCAAUUGGAAGGAGCCUGACGAGUAA